AUGCAUCUUCUCUUCCUUCAGCUGCUGUUGCUCCUGGCUCUAGGGAAAGCUGCAAGGCAUGGGGAUGGCCGCCAGAGUCAGAAUUCUGUUUCUCUCUUGCUCCUAGAAAGGCAUCGCAGAGAGCUCUCCUUGGGCAACCAUGAGGAAGCUGAGGAGAAGCCAGAUCUGUUUGUGGCAGUGCCACACUUAAUAGGUGACAGCACUGCAGGGGAAGGCCAGAGGCAGAGAGAAAAGAUGCUGUCCAGGUUUGGGAGAUUCUGGAAGAAGCCUGAGAGAGAGCUGCACCCACCCCAGGGCUCAGUCAGUGAGCAAUUCUUCCCUGGGACCCAGGGUCUCACUCAGCCAAAGGAGGGGAUGCCAAUGGAGAAAUCUCCUCUUCGGGAAGAAGCCAAGAAAUUCUGGCACCAUUUCAUGUUCAGAAUGAGUCCAGCUUCUCAGGGGAUCAUCCUGCCCAUCAAAAGCCAUGAAGUGCAUCGGGAGACCUGUAGGACAGUGCCCUUCAGCCAGACUAUCACCCAUGAAGACUGUGAGAAAGUGGUUGUACAGAACAACCUUUGCUUUGGAAAAUGCGGGUCUGUUCGUUUUCCGGAAGCUGCACAGCACCCCUACCCCUUCUGCUCCCACUGCCUGCCUGCCAAGUUCACCACAAUGCACUUGCAGCUCAACUGCACUGGCCUGGCCCCCGUGGUCAAGCUGGUGAUGCUGGUGGAGGAGUGUCAGUGCAAGGUGAAGACAGAGCAACAGCAUGGCCACCCCGAACAGGCUGGCUUUCAGGCAGAAUUUCACGUCCAGGAUCCCUUUAUCCCAGGAUUCUCAACAUAA